AUGCCUAAAGUUGUAGACGAGCUGAAGUUGUUAUUAACUAGUCUAGCAAAAGGGUCUGAGUCGGUUGAUGCCAAUGAUAUGUUGACUGCAGGAAUUGCUGACAAAUACAUUAUUAGCAACAUAAAGGCUAAACUCGGGGAAAGUCCUUGGAAUGUGCAAGGCUUAAUAGACCUAGGUAUAGACAUAAUUCAAAAUGGACGCGAGAACGUACAUGAAUGGGAACAUGAAAAUGAGCUUGAACAGAGACAGGAUAGUAGCGAUGACUUGAUAUCUGAUUUAGGAAGUACACGUCUUCUUUUCAAAAGCAGUCCUACCCGUCCCAGCGAUGAGAUAACAUAUGAACGAAGUUUCGAUAAAAGUUAUGAGAAGAAGGAUGAACAGAAUUAUGAACAGAAUUAUGAGCACAAAUAUGAGCACAAAUAUGAGCACAAAUAUGAACAGAAUUAUGAACAGAAUUAUGAACAAAAUACGCACAAAGGAGAGGUGCCACUUACUGAGAGAGGGGAAGGGGAAAUGUCCCAAAAUGAAACAGAUUUCUACCACAAGAAUAUCAAGUUUAAAAAUUGUGCAUAUGUUGAAGAAGUCUUGAAGAAAACAACACAACAGAGUUACAUUAAUCUGCACCCAGUUGUUAAAGAAUUCAUUUACUUGUUAACUUUUUUGUUUACAUGCAUACGAGAAGAAUGCGAAAAUGGAGGAAUGUCGAGUGGAAGGAACACCCACGGAAGUGGCAAGAGCAGCGAUAGACGAAGCAGAAGCCGAAGUGGCAGCCAAAGUGACAUCCAAAGUGACAUCCAAUGUGACAUCCAAAGUGACAGCCAAAGGGACAGCCAAAGGGACAGCCAAAGUGACAGCCAAAGGGACAGCCAAAGUGACAACCAAAGCGAUAGACGCACCGGUGGCUUGUAUGCACACCUCCAAAAGGCGUCUACGGGGGAAUACGCGAGUGCGGAGGACGCAGAAAAUACCUGCAUAAAUCAGCAGAAAAAAGUACCCAAAAUAAAACGUAUGAACAGGUCAGGCAAAAAUGUUAACACCAUUUUCACAAGUUCAGGCUUAAAGAAAAAGAAUGACAGAGAUGUCGAUUCCGUUAGGUUUCACAAUGUCUGUGGGGGAAGGGAUACAAUUGAGAACGACUUUCCUUUUGAGAAAAACAAAAAUAGAAGUGACAAAUUUAGGAGCAAAAUAAAUGGUUGCAUAAUAGAUAGGAAAAAGCAUAAAAAGUGCAACCUCAGGAGUCUAAGGUGUGGUAAAGAUAAAGCGAGCGAAGAGACAGAAUGUAGUAGCCUUUUCAAUAUAUUAGAGAGAGGAAAGUAUGAAUAUAACAUAGAAGAUAUUGAACACGCAUUUAGUAAAGAAAAUGUGAACAAAGUGUGUGAAAAUUUUUAUAAACAAUUGCACAAGGCAAGGAUAAAAAAUAAUGAUGAAACAAUAAAAAAAAGCAUCAAUUUUUUAACGACACUUUUAUAUUUAACGUAUACACAUUUUGGAUUAUAUUUUCUGAAAACAAAAAAUAUAUAUGUAAAAUUAUGUUACAUUAACAACCAUUUUGUAGAAUACAAAAAAACGAGCAAAUCUGCCAAAAAAAAUUUAAAAAAAAAAAUACAAGAAUAUUUUAAGCAAAUUAAAAUCAAUGAACAGUAUGCAGAAAAAUAUGAACAGCUUAAAUCAUCUUAUAAUGAAAUAAAAACAGAAAAUGAUAAAUUAAAAAAAUAUGAUAAUGUCAUACAGAGGCUCAAGACAAAAAUUCAUUUCAUGGAAUCAGAAAGGGUAUUCUUAAAGAAGAGGAAAGAUGAGUUAGAAUUCAUUGUGAGCCAUAAAAAUUAUUCUUCAGAAGAAAGAAAAAAUAUUCCUUCUAUUAGGGAUUCCCAUAGCACAGAUGCUCCAAAUCGAAAGUCUUUUAUGACCUCCAUGUUGAGGAAAAUCAGUUGGAAAGAGCCUACUGAAAGGUUGAUUCACGAAAAAGACAGUUGCGAAAAGGUAACCACGUCGAAAUGGGACACUCAGAAAAUGGAAAGUGCAAAAUUGGGGAGAACAAAAUUGGGAGGUGCAAAAAUGGGAGGUGCAAAAUUGGGAGGUGCAAAAAUGGGAGGUGCAAAAAUGGGAGGUGCAAAAAUGGGAAGUGCAAAAAUGGGAAGUGCAAAAUCUGGAAGUGCAAAAUCUGGAAGUGCAAAAUCUGGAAGCGCUAAGUUCACAAUUUCGAAAAUGACAAAACUAGUUCCAAAAGAAAGUGCUGACACAGCCAGUGAGACUCAAUUCACAAGCGAAAAUAACAUCAGUAUGAGGAUGGAGCCUUUUCCUAAUUCAACAUGGUUAUCAGAUAAGUGCAGUACUGGUAUGGAAGAAAAAUCUGAUCACGAAUUGGGAGAGGUUUCACGAUUUGAUGUGCAAGAUGUCGACAAAGGAAUCAUCACCACCAAGUCAGAAUCAAAGGAAGUAGAUGAGCCACAAAGGUCAGCAUGUUCCAUAACAAGCAGAGCUGUUCAAACCAUAGAAUCCUUCUACAUGAGUGAAGAGAAAAUAAAUUCAAGUGGAAAAGUGCUACAAAUUACCCAAGGUACUCAAAGGUAUAAGGUAAAAAUUAAUCAUACAAAAAGGAAUGAAUCAUCUUAUGGAAAUAACCCAAUUGAAUCACUACAAAAGAGGGAUCACCCAUGUAUUAGAGUAGAAAAAGAAAAAAAUGUAAUGUGUAACAAUGACAGAAUUAUGGAAAAAGAGAGUACCACGGACGGAUUAAAGAAUUGCCAGAUGAAUUUUAUCUAUAAUAGCAAUUUUGAAAUAUGUGAUCCUAUUGAGAUAGAUAUCCUAUCAGUUAUAUUCGAGACGUGGAAAAUAAGUGAAAGGAUACAACUCGUCUAUUGGAAUACCAUUAACUUUUCAUCUUGUUAUCGAUUUCUUAUGAGAAGAAGAGGUAUGAAAGAAGAUAGUCAAAUGUUGAGAAGUGUAUACUUUUGCUUUUACACAAGAAUGGAAAAUGAAACAAGAAUGGAAACCGGCACAAGAAUGGAAACCGGCACAAGAAUGGAAACUGACACAAGAAUGGACACUAACACAAGAAUGGAAACCGGCACAAGAAUGGAAAUGCCACCAUCUAGGAUGCAAAGAAGAGUACACCAGAUUGAGGGAGGGAAACAGAAUGGGCUAUUCAGAGAUGUGAUAAUUCACGUGAAAAAAAAAAUUUUAACUGAAGAAAUUUUGCACCAUAGUGUGAGAACUUAUCACAGUGGUGAUGAAUCAACUCUAGAUGUGUGGUUUGUCUAUAAAUGCGCAAACUGUUUUUCAAAUUUAAUUUUAAAUGAUGAUUCAGCAAGUUUCAUCAGUACUCCGAACGUUUUUUUAUACCUCGUUUUGCAUUUUCUUCACAGAUACAUCACACGUCUUGCAUAUGUAAUAAUGCAAAUACAAAGUUUUCUCUACCCAAGAGAAGAAUACAUAACACAAAACGAAGAUAACUUCAUUUCCUCAUUCAGCUGGCAUUUUUUUCGAGAAGAAAUUGAACUAAUUGAAAAGAGUAAUGAAAAAAUAUGCCCUGAAUGGGAUCAAUUCAAAGAUAGCAUACUUCCUACAGAUGUAAUGAAGAAGGAUCCAACUGAUGAUUACUUCUCCAAUGAUACAAACUGUUAUAGACAUGUCAAUUUUAUAAAAGUGGAUGCAUCCCAUAGAGUAAGCGAGUUUCCUAUUUUAUCUCCCUCUGGUGAACACAAGAGCGUUUUCCUAUGGAAUCAAAUGGAUAAAUUGGGUAAAAUUUACAUGAACAGGUCAGGUCCUGAACCCGAAAUUCUGGCUAGCCGUGGACAUGAGGAAGGUGAGAGCCUAUUCCCGACGCGGAAGUUGGAGAAUUUGAAAAGGCAAAAAUGUGAAAAGGCAAAAAUGUGA